CUCUUUUUUUCUCUUGGUGCAAUCAAACUUUGAAUUUUUAUUGUGUUUAAAAUACUUGAAAAACUGUAAGAAAAUGCAUUAAAAUAAGAAAAAAAUAUAAAAAACAAAAAAUCACAAUAACAUACAUUAGAAAUGAGUGAAGAGUUUGAAUUAAAUGCCUUACAAAAUGGUGCAGAUGAAAUUAGAACAACAAAUAGCAGCAAUACAAAGGCAGAAUAUUUAAUACAACAAUUAAAUGCUACAAAUUUUAAGAAAUUGGCCUUAUUUGUUGUUGUGGGAUUUAUAGUAUAUCAUGGCAUCCUUAAUUGGCAAUAUGGUAGUGACUCCUGCCAAUGGCUUUUGUCGAAAGGACGUUUUAAAGGUGAUAAUGAAUGGCAACCGUACGGUUGUAUGAUGCAUAAGUACACGCAAACCGAUACGCGCCGCUGUUUGCGUUACCUGGCCUUUUGGAGUUAUAAAAAUCACUUCGUUUUCAUUGGCGAUUACUCCAUACAUCAAUUGUAUAAACAAUUUAUCAAUCAUUUACAUCCCAGCGAUGAUGAUAAUGGUUCAAUGCUUUUACAACCACCCAUUGAUACAGAAUUCGAAGAUCGAAAACUUAAUAUGAGAGCAACCUAUAUAUUUGCCAAUGAAGUUUCGGAUUUUCUCCUUGAAUCUCUUACCAAAUUUGAAGAUACCAAAGAAGUGCGUGCCGUUUUUGUAGUGGGUUUUACUCAUCGCAAUUUCCUAAACGGCAAUGUUACCGAAGAACUUUUAAAACAAUACUCUGUUAAUCUAACACGUCUCCUGGUGCCAUUCGAUCAUUUAGUUACUCAAAAAUCAAAGGUUUUAUGGAAACUACAAGAUCGUGUAAAUGAAGAAAAAUUACCUGAUAUGUGGAAGCUGGUGAAAAAUGAAGAUAUUGAUCGUUUGAAUCGUGUUGCACGUACCGUAUUUCGUUAUACGGAUGCUACAAUUUGGGAAUCAGCUUGGCAUAUAUCGAAUGGUUUGGUAGAUAGUGCCGUCGAUGGUUAUAAGUUGUGUUCAUUGGGUCUGCGGCAUUAUGUUCAAUUGAUGUUGAAUAUGUAUUGUAAUGAUUAUAUGAAUUAUAAUGAUGGCAGCUGCUGUAGUAGUGCCGAGCCGUAUACGCUCUUGCAGAUUGUUACCUAUGCGGUAUUUGGUGUGUGCAUAAUUUUAACCUGCGGCAUUUUUCUAAGACGUUGGCUUUUACAUUUACGCGGUCAUACUUUGUAUACACCCCUGCAACCACAACGUCAUGAUCUUCAUACAGCCACCAUGUCAUCAGCGUCAGCAAAUGGUUCUUCAUCGUUAAGUCUGGCUAGUAUGGACUACACUACACCCAUAGUGGCCAUGGCUAUGUUGGGCAUUAUAAUGGCCUAUUUCUAUAUAUGUGAUCGUACCAAUUUCUUUAUGAAAGAAAAUAAGUAUUAUUCUGAAUUUAGUUUUUGGAUACCGGUAGGUUAUGUUUUUGCCUUGGGUCUUUUCUUUACCGAAGACUCAAAAUUUACCAAAGUUCUCAAUCGCGAUCAAUCAGAUGAGCUUAAGGGUUGGAUAUUGCUGGUGGUAUUGAUCUAUUAUAUGACUGGCGCUCAUCGGGUACUACCUAUACAUAUGCAUAUUAAAUUGCUGCUCAGUGGUUAUCUGUUCCAUACGGGCUAUACUCAUUUUUCGUAUAUGUGGCAAACUGGCAAUUCGGGUUUUGUUAGAUUUUUCCAGGUAAUAUUUCGUUUAAAUUUUAUGACAGUGAUUUUAUGCUUUUGCAUGAAUCGUCCUUAUCAGUUUUACUAUUUUGUACCGCUCUUGUCGUUCUGGAUGUGUGUGGUAUAUUUUUUACUUUCUUUGCCGCCACGUAUAACUGCCCAAUCGGUGGAAUCAAAUCCUUUACAUUAUUUAUAUUUAGUGGGUAAAUUUGUGGGUUGCUUUAGUGUGGUCACCAUAUUGUUUAUGUCUGAGGUAUUUUUUGAGCGCAUAUUUGUUACACGCCCCUGGAAGGCUCUAUUCGUUACCACCGAUGAUGAUAUACAUGAAUGGUGGUAUCAAUGGAAAUUGGAUCGUUAUACGGUCAUGUUUGGCAUGAUUGCUGCCGCCUGUUUUCAUAUAGCUCAAAAGUAUAGUAUAUUCGAUGAUAACAAUCAUGGCAAUCUAUUUUCCCGCAGAACAUCUAUAACGGUAACCCUUUUGGCUUUACUAGGAGUGGGUUUUUAUACCGCCUUUUCUUUCCUCUGUCGCAACGAACAAAAUUGUGAGGAGAUUCACUCAUAUAUAGUUUUCAUACCCAUAGUGGGUUAUAUUAUUUUACGUAAUAUAUCGGGCAUGUUACGUACCCGCUACAGCACGUUUUUCGCCUGGUUUGGACGCAUCUCUUUAGAGUUAUUUAUCUGUCAAUAUCACAUAUGGUUGGCGGCCGAUCGUCAUGGUGUUUUAGUUUUACUGCCCGGCUUCCCCACUCUAAAUAUGAUUAUUACUUCGUUUAUAUUUGUAUGCGCCUCGCAUGAGGUUCAUCGUAUUACACAAAUUUUACUGCCUUUUGCAGUGCCCAAUGACUGGAAAUUAGUUGCACGAAAUUUCAUAAUAUUUCUUAUAAUCCUAAUACCAAUAGCUCAUUCUGAUGGUAUGUUUUGAGAAAGUUCUUUUCCCUUUAUAAUUCAGACUUAAUUUUUUCGAGUUUUCUUAUUUAUUUAAAGAUUUGUUUUUAGUAUAAUUUCAUUUUUAUAAAAACUAAGUUCAGUGAUUUUGAAAUGAAAGAAAUUUGUAUAGGAUUAAAAUCUUUUGAAAUUUCUUUCAACUUCUAUUCGAAAGGAACUAUUUUUAGUUGCAGUUUAUUAGAAAAAACAUUUUUCAUUAUUUAGUAAAGUUAACCUUGGUCUAGAAAACAAAAUUUUGGACAAUUAAGUAUUAAAUACUUAUUAUUAAAUUUUACAACUUAUUAAAUCUCUAUUUUUCUUUAACAAAAUCAAACUGAACACAGUUUUCUGCACAAUUACCUUUUGUUCGAAUUAUUACCCCUUUUUUGCGUUACAAAACCUAACAAGUGUUUUUAAAAAACCUUAACUUUAACUAGAAUUAAAGCAAAACAAAAAAAAAAAAAAAA